AUGGGUUCAUUGAAGAGGAAAAGAGAAACCCAAAAGGAAGACGAACCGGGACUUGUACAGAAAGAGAGGAGUUUGUCAAUUCCUGAGUGCGAGUGGGUUCGAGGGCGGAUGCUCGGCAAAGGCGGAUUCGGGUCGGUUUAUUUGGCCACUGCGAAAAAACCCAAGUUGGGUAGCGAGGAUUUGCCGGCGAUUAUGGCUGUGAAAUCAGGACGGGUCUCUAAAUCGCCUGAGCUGCUCAUGGAAAGGACACUUCUUAAAAUUUUUGGCGACUGCCCUUUUGUUAUCGACUGUUAUGGAUCAGAUAUGACCGCUGAUGCUGAAAAUAAAUGUACAUACAAUGUGUUCAUGGAGUAUGCUGAUGGAGGAACGAUGAGGGAUUUGAUAAAGAAAUCCAGGGGUUGCGGGUUGCUUGAGCCCCAAGUAAGAAAGUAUACAGGGUGUCUUCUGAAAGGGCUUCAGUACAUUCAUGUAAGGGGCUGUGUCCACUGUGAUCUGAAGCCUGAAAACAUAUUGCUUGUGAGUAACAGUGAUGGUGAUUUUGUGCCCAAAAUUGGGGACUUCGGACUGGCAAAGUUUGCUGUUUAUAAAAAAAAGAGUCGCAAGGAACCUACUUGUCAAGGCACUGCAAUAUAUUUGUCACCAGAAGCCGUGCUUUAUGGAAAUCAGGAGAAGCCUUCUGAUAUUUGGGCCUUGGGUUGUGUUGUGCUCGAGAUGUUAACAGGGAGGUGGCCGUGGGAUUUGGAAGCCGGUGCGACACUUCAAGACCUACAGCUUCUGAUUGCUUCAAAAGUUCCCACUGUUCCUGGCUGGCUAUCAGAAGAUGCUAAAGAUUUCUUGCGAAAGUGCUUUGUGAGGAACCCUUCUGAGAGGUUGGAAGCUGCUAAGCUAUUGAACCACCCUUUUGUGACCAAACUUGAUGGGCUUGGAGAGGUCAAAGUUGAGCCAUUAAAGAAGCAAGUCUCUGCAGUGCCAUCCUCUGAGAAUUGUGAAAAGGCAGAAGGUUCAAAACCUGGGGAUGCAGAGGAGAUUCUUCCCUUGGCAGUCCUGUACCCUGGGGACUCAAAACCUGUGAUUCUUCCAACCACUGUUUGCAGAAAGCCAUCAAAUUUUGGUAUAACUGGUGCAGCUUAA